AACUACAACAGUUUGAACAGCUGACGUUCAAUGAACGUUUCAAGUUACACAAAUGCAGGCAAAGCUCUUGGCUAAUUCGAACUCGAAGUAAGAAAAGAGUCAACUGCAGCCCGGCCACGUUAAGCCAAGCUUUUACCAACUGAACUUGAAAGUGAAAGUGACAGAGAAAGAGAGUGGUAGCGGGAGAGACAGGCGGAGAAAGACCAGGUUUUUAUGCUUUUGCUGGAGUGCCUCGAACUACUCAGAGCAUCAGCCAAGGUCACAACUUUAAGAGUUACACAGUAAUCUCCAGAAAACAUAAAAAAUAUCAUGGAUACCCCCAAGGAUCAGCCCGAGCAGGUGCGUGAGGUGAAGGCCCCGCACGCCGGAGCAGAAGGACACACCUUCCUGGUGACUCCUGUUGCUCCCAUUCUUACCGCCGUGCCAGUGAUGAAGCCUCGCGAGUCGCCGCCACCCGUCCUACCCCCAAAUGAGCCGGAAGACGAGCAGCCAUGCUGCAGCUCCCAGGCCGUGGUGCCCAUAUCCUCGUCCCUGCCCUGCAAACUCCUAAGGCUGCAGGCCAAGCGAUCCGCCCAAGCAUUGCUUCAGCAGAUGGAGUCCCUGGACUCGCAGCUCGGCAGCAGCAACGGCAGUUCCUCGGAGGACACGGCACCCAGUGCUCCGCCCAUGUCACCCACGGACCAGCAGCUGGUGGACGUGGGAAUGGGCUCAUCUAUUGGUGAUUCUGAGGAGUCGUCCGAGGAGGGCGACGAGCUGAAGCCCCUCGCCGUGGACAACCACAUCAUGCACGAGGUGGACCUCUCUGAGCGCCAGAGCUCCCCUCCGGCUGUGCUGAGCGAGGCGAACCUGGAGAAGUUCCGCAAACACCACAUGGAUAACAUAUAUCUUCAUCCGAACUUUACCCUGGAUGCUUCACCUCCACCUGCAGUGGCUCCUGCCAACUCUCCAGUCCUGGAGGCAAAGCGCACCCAUCGCUCCUUCCUGGCCAUCAAGAAGGAAAAGGAGGAGGCGCAAGAACAGCAGGAGCACCAGAAGGAGGAGAGCCACGAUUCCGAGCCAACCACUCCCCAAGGACCCAACGAGAUAGACACCUUAGAUCCCUCUCUGAUUCCCAGCGAGGACCUAGCGGCCGAGAUCACUGAGGCCGUGGAAUUCUACUUUUCCAACGAGAGCAUCCUGAAGGACGCCUUCCUCCUGAAGCACGUCCGCCGUAACAAAGAGGGCUAUGUUAGCCUUAAGCUGGUGUCCAGCUUCAAGAAGGUGCGCCAGCUGACCCGCGAGUGGAAGGUCGUGGGAGACGCAGUGCGUCGUAAGUCGAGGAAGAUCGAACUCAAUGAUUUGGGCACCAAGGUGCGCAGAAUCGAUCCCCUGCCCUCGUUCGACGAGACCAUGCCGUCCCGCACCAUCGUGGCCUGCGAUCUGCCCAUGGAUAAGCUGACCAUUGAGAAGGUUUCUGAUCUGUUCUCGCGUUGCGGAGAGAUCGCCCUGAUCCGCAUCCUGAAGCCAGGAAUGGCUAUUCCCGUGGACGUGCGGCAAUUCAUGAACAAGUACCCGGAGCUGCAGCAGAAGGAGUGCGCUCUGGUGGAGUACCUAGAGUCAUCAUCGGCCCGCGAGGCACGCCACCUGAGCGGUCUCUUCCAGGUGUACGAGAUGGUGGCCCCCAAGAAGAAGACCGGCAAGAAGGCGGCCGUCAUCCAGAUUGCCGCCCCGGUGGCCCGCAUGGUGGAGAACUAUCGCUACUACAACGACGCCAGCUACGAGAGGAGUCGUGGCGGCAGCUUCUCCGGCCACGAAGCUGUUCCGGAUUUGCGCUACAAGCUGAAGCGCAACAACUCUGACUUCCAGCCCACAUACUACCAACAACAGCAGCAAAUGGCCCCCAGCUACCAUGUUCCGUAUCAGCACUACCAACCGAGGGGCAGCAUUGGGAACCAGAGCGGCCAGGAUAUGGGUUUUUUCGGCUAUGGACCCAGGCGCUACAGCAACACCUCGACGAUCUCCGCCAGCACAGCGGCUGCCUUGGGCGAUGCCUCGCCUCCAUCCUCUGCUGCCAAUUCUGGCGGUAAUCAAGCUGGGUCAUCUGUGGGCAUCAGCAAUCUCCAGCGGCGUCUGUCGAACUGCUCGGAGCAGAACUAUGUGCCGGAGGGCAGUGUCUCCAUGUCGCGCCGGGCCAGUAACUGCUCGGAGACAGGAGUUGGAGCUCCCCAGCGUCGCGAUUCCAAUUGCUCUGAGAGCUGCCCCUGCUCGAGGAGGGUCUCCGACUUUGGCCAGACCACGGAGACGGCCUACCGCAAGAGCUCCGUGUGCUCCAAUGGCAGUUGUCCGGGUAACCAGAACCAGGAGCGUCGCUUCUCCAACGGAUCCAUGCAGUUCGAGCGGACCUUCUCGAAUGCCAGCGAGAACGGCGGUUUUUACCGUCGCCCUUCGAAUGAUUUCAACGUGGAGCGGGAGCCCAUCCAGACCGAUCAGAUGGUGGGCGGUGGUGGCGGUGGCUACCAGGUGUGGCCCCGUCGCUACUCCAACAACUUCCAGCAGCUGAGCAGCAAACUGGCGGCCUACGACAAUGCCCAGUACAUUGGUGGCCGGAGGAUCUCAACGGACUCUGGCUAUGAUCGCCGCUAUUCCUUCGGCUCGGAGGGCUUCGACGGAUCACCACGAUCCCGGACUGGCAGCUUCCUGAACAGCUACAAGCAUGGCGGAGGCGAUGGUUAUGACGGGCAGCCCCGAUCCCGGACCGGAAGCUUCCUGGAUGGAUCGCCCCGCUCGCGUUCUGGAUCCUUCGCCCAGCGGGCAGCUGAGAGUCUGGUCCGCACCCCGAUGGGUCCGGACGGAAGCAAGGGUUUCGGCCAGAGGGCCAGGAAAUUCGGACAGGCCAUAUCACCCGUUAACUAGGACGUCCGAGGACAUUUGUUGAUUAAUUUUUAGAGAAA